GGCUGGAGGUGGUGGAGAACUUCUUCAGGGUGAACUACUUUUUUUUUUUUUACAGGGAAAAUCAGAAUAAGAAAAAGAAAGAAGAAUGUUUCCUACAGAAGCUUCAAUUUCAAGCGAAUGUCACGUUUUAGGAUAAGCAGGAGAUCUGAGAUGAUGGACACACAAAAUCCAAAAGCAAACAAGCUCGGAAAUGAAGCCAUCUAUAAGAAGGCGAGAGAGGAGCGGAGAGAGCUGCUCACCCCUUCACACAAAUACAUCUUUGAUAUCUUGGCUGAAAGGCUGUCUUUGACACCAUCACAAGUAGAGGAAUUUGUUUUAGAUUCCCCAUCUCUGGCUGCUUUUGAUCACUUUUUCGGUGCUGGAGGUUGUAAAACGAUCUCCUUUGUAUACCAGGAGUGUGAAGUCCCUGGAACAGAGUGUGGCCGGACGUAUCCUGGACAAGCCACAAGAGAGAAAGUACAGAGGCUAUUUUUAGCUGAUUUAGCCAAGACUUGUCUGACUGGCGUCUGCUGCUAUUUCAUGCGGACAAGAGUGGAUGUUCCUGUAACUCCAGAAAAAAUACAUGAGGAAGUCUGUUUCUCAAUGAUCGAUGCCACAGAUGGCCUCCUGAAAGGAAUAAGGGAUGCCUACGCAUUUCUGCUACCAGUUCUUGAGACACAGGAAAGCUGGGGUGCCUUGGACCAGUCGAGACAUGGAGAAAAAAUUAAAAAGAACUUCCUGGAUAACUACAAACAUUUUCUGAGUUCUCUUGAUGAUCUCCAGGUGAGAAACGACGGUGUUGUUCAUCUGAGCACAGCGUCAGAUGUCGACUUUUCCAAACUGACUUGUGUUGAUGAGAUGAAAGCUGCAGCUGCUAACACUGCGAUGUUGCAACGACUGGAAGAAAUUCUGGGUCAGUGGUGCAAGGAAAUUGAAGAGGUCCUGACAAUGGAUGAUCAGUUGAGGAAAAUAGAUUACGAAGGACCUUUGAGUGAGCUAGAAUACUGGAAAAAGAAGUAUUUACAAUUCACCUCCAUCGUCAAUCACACCAAAAGUAAAGAGUGCAAGGCUGUUGUAAUGGUGCUCCAUAUCCAGCGCUCCAAAAUGAUAAAGGUGUGGCAUGAGCUGGAUAACAGGAUAACAGAUCGUGUAAAUGAAGCCAAAGACUAUUUAAAAUUCCUGUCCACACUGGAGAAAGUCCUGCAUGCACUGUAUAACAGUGACCCGGAUUCCCUGAUAAAAAGUGUGCAUAGUCUUAUCAGUGUCAUUGAACUAGUUCACCGUGUUCCACUGUUCCGCGAUACAAAUGAAAAGAUUCCAGCACUGUUUAUUAAAGUCACAAAUCAACUGGUUACAGCAUGCAGAGCACAUAUUACUGACCAGGGCAAGAGUUUCAUAUGGGACCAAGAUGCUGAAUGCCUCAUCAGGAAAAUGCAGGACUGCAUAACUUUGUUUCAGGAGUAUCAGUCCUGCUUCCAGAAAACACGGAGACAGGUGACGGGAAACCCCGGGAAAAAUUCCUUUGAGGUUUCGGAGAGGCAGAUUUUUGGCAUGUUUGAGAACUUCUGCAAAAGACUUGAAAAGAUCGAACAAAUAAUCACAGUCUUCAAGACAUUUGAAUCUCUUCGGAAGUCAAAGAUUGAAGGCAUUGAGAGUUUUGCCAGACAAUUCCAGAAUGUAUCUUUGAGUUUGACAAGGAAGCAGUAUGACAUGUUGGAUCCGAAGAAGACUGAAUUUGAAACUGAUUUUAUUAAGUUUAUGGCUGAAAUCAGUCUCAUUGAGACCAAAGUCGAGCAAUUUAUGAAUUCAUGCUUCUCAAACAUCUUCUCAUCUCAGAAAGCUUUAGCGCUUCUACCGCGCUUUCAGAAGCUGAAGCUUCCUUGUCUUGACACACAAAUUUCCAACACUUUGCAUUCCGUUCUUCAGCGCUAUGUAUCAGAAAUGGAAAGCAUCAAAAAGCUCUUUGACGAAGAGAAACAGGAUCCUCCAAUAGCUAGAAACAUGCCUCCAGUGGCUGGCAGAAUUGGUUGGGUCAGGCACCUUUUUAGAAAGAUAGAGGAACCCAUAUUUUACAUAAAAGAAAACUCAAAUGCUCUUUCAAGUCCCGAAGGGAAAAAAGUGGUCAAAAUGUACAAUAAAACUGCAACCAUACUGGUAGAGUUUGAAUGUCUUCAAUAUCAGACAUGGAUAGAGGAUGUUACCAAGCUGGAAAACAUCCUAAACCAUACUCUGCUGGAACAUCAACCUAACACCAACAGGUUUUUUGUUAACUUUGAUCCAAAAAUAAAUGAGGUCAUUCGGGAGGCAAAGUGUUUGUCAAGUAUGGGUCUAGAAGUUCCAAAGCAGGCUCUAGCUCUUCUCAAUUUGGAAAGGAAGUUACAUGACAAUCACCUGAGACUUAAGACAAUUUUGGAAGAAUAUGAAUCCAUCUGUAACAGCAUAUGUGAAGACUUCAGCAGCUUGCUAGCUUCAAAAAAGAAAAAGGUUCAUGCUGCCCUUUGCUUUGGGUCACUGUGGGUGACGUGGUCAUCCUUCAUCCUGGACAAGUUCUUCCAGAAUGUUGACACUGCUUUGGCUGAGCUCAAACACCUUGUAAAUAAGGUACAAGAUAUUUGCAAGAAACAAAUUGAUGAUGUCCUGAAGGACAUCUCAGAGACAGCGCUGAUUGAGCUCCCGGAAGAUGAAGCGUUGUGUCUGCAGGAUCUUGUCCUUAAUAAGAAUCUUUGUCGAGAGUGGGCAAACACAUUGAAUAUCAGAUGUAGUCACAUUAAAAGUGCAAUCAAAGAGCUAGGGAUUGUGUUAAGUGGCACUGAUGAACAGAAAGGACAACAUACAUCGGUUAACUUCCAAAGAGAGUUUAAGAAGCUUUACGAACUCUUCAGUAUGAAAGUGUUCGAAGCCCUUGUCAGAACCACUAAGUUAUCCCUGGAUAUCCUUAAAAGGAGAAUCUGUGUCACUAGUACUUUCAAGAAGCGGAAACCUGGUCCAAAGAUGGUGCCAUUGAUCAAAUCUGAAGUCCAACUUGAUAAACCAAAAGUGGUAAUGAUUCCCGGUAUAGAUGAGAUCCAACAGGGCAUAAAUCAACUCACUCACUCUGUGCUGGAAGUCAACAGGUGUAUUGCAUGGCAUCAAGAGUUCAACUGUGAUUAUACUCAGGAAGACUACUUCUUUCAUUCUGUUCUUGAGCACAAGGACAUUAAAAAUGCUGUUGCUGCUCUAAAAACUGCCAUCAGUUCUCAAAGGACAUUAGCAUCUGCUGUUCUGGAGCAGUUCACUCAUUUCAAGAUGAUAUGGGAAGUGGACAAGAACCUGAAAGUCAAGGAAUUUGGGGACAACAACCCAUCCUUGAUGCAAAUAAGGUCUGAAAUCCAGCACUACGACUCUGUGGAGCUGGAAAUUGAUGAUAUUAGACCUGUCAUUCAUAUUGGGUCUAUUGAACUGUCAACAGGCACUUUGAAGAAGGCCUUGACAGCCGAGACCAAAGCCUGGAAAAAUCAGAUUUGCAAAUACCUGAAAGAGAAGUACAAAAUGAAAAAGAUUGACAUCGCCAUACAGACCCACAAAUACUGUGCACAGCUGUCAAAUCCGGUGGCAGAUCUGGAAGGUGCGCGCCAGGCAAUGGGUACCCUAUCAAGGCUUCGGGAUGCAGAAAUACAAAUUGAUAUGACACUUAUUUCCAUUAAGGAAGCCUAUGACAUUUUGACCACAUGUGAAGCAGACGUGACCCAAAGAGAAGUUGAGGAAGUGCACAAUCUGAGCAGUUUCUACACAAACCUUCAGUCUAAAGCCAGAUCAGUCCAGGCUGAGCUUGUCCGGAUGCAGCCCGAAUUCAAACAAGACCUUCUGGAGAGUGUUACUGUUUUCAAAAAGGAUGUUGACACCUAUAUGAAACAAUUUGAUUCUGAUGGUCCUUUGGUUCAAGGAAUAUCUCCACAAUUGGCUAGCCAACGACUGCAAGUAUUUCAGGCAAGAUUUGAAGAACUAUGGAAAAAAUUCACCACCUAUACUUCUGCAGAGCAGCUCCUUGGCUUGCCAGUUACAGACUAUAACAGCCUGCAUGUGAAAAAGAAAGAGUUUGAUCUCCUCCAAAAACUUUAUGGUCUGUAUAAUGCAGUGAUGAGCAAGAUUGAUGGGUACUACAAAAUUCUGUGGACAUGUUUGGAUAUUGAGAAGAUCAAUACAGAGCUUCAGGACUUACAAAAUAGGUGUCGGAAGCUCCCCAAAGCGCUAAAGGAAUGGCAAGCCUUCUCAAACCUAAAGACGACCAUUGAUAAUUUCAGUGAGUCAUGCCCUCUGCUUGAAAUGAUGGCCAACAAAUCUAUGAAUCGCAGACACUGGGAUCGGAUCGCAUCCUUGACUGGACACCAUUUUGAAGUAGACUCUGUUACUUUUACACUGUGUAACAUCAUGGAGGCCCCUCUUUUGACCUACAAGGAUGAUAUUGAGGAUAUCUGUAUAUCAGCUGUAAAGGAAAAGGAUAUUGAGGCCAAGCUGUCACAAGUAAAAGAGCUAUGGUCUGGUCAGACUCUACGCUUGAUGACCUUCAAGAAUAGAGGAGAGCUAAUACUGAAAGGUGCAGAGACAACAGAGAUUCUUACCAUCCUGGAGGACAGUUUGAUGGUGCUGGGUUCACUGUUGAGCAACAGGUACUGUGCCUUCUACAAAGCCGAGAUCCAGGAAUGGGUCUCGAAGCUUUCAACAGCUUCAGAAACUAUUGAACUAUGGAUUAUUGUGCAAAACCUGUGGAUCUAUUUGGAAGCUGUGUUUGUUGGAGGUGACAUUGCCAAAGACCUACCCCAGGAAGCAAAACGAUUCCAAGAUAUUGACAUUUCCUGGAUUAGGGUCAUGAAGCGAGCCAAGAAGGUCCCAAACGUGGUGGAGUGCUGCGUGGACGAUCCUACUUUAGGCCAAGUCCUGUCAGAUCUUCAGAAACAGCUAGAGCUCUGUCAAAAAUCUCUUACUGGCUACCUGGAAAAAAAGAGGCUCCUGUUCCCGCGGUUCUUCUUUGUGUCUGAUCCGGCUCUUUUGGAAAUUCUUGGACAAGCCAGUGAUUCUCACACAAUUCAGUCACAUCUUCUGGGAGUUUUUGACAAUGUCAAUGAAGCUGAAUUUGACAGAGCAGAGUAUGACAAGAUUUUGACUGUUAUCUCACAGGAGGGAGAGAGAUUACCGCUGGACAGCCCUGUCAUGGCUCAGGGACCAGUGGAACUCUGGCUUGGCGAGCUGUUGCAGCAACAGCAGGCCUCGUUGCACUCUGUCAUCAGAUCUUCAGACUGGGAGAUAAACGAUGAAGAUUUUGAUCUACUUACUUUUCUUGAUAACUACCAAGCACAGGUUGGCCUGCUUGGAAUCCAGAUGCUUUGGACAAGAGAUGCAGAAGAAGCCCUACAAAAUGCUGAAAUGGACAAAGAGAUUAUGGUCUUUAUGAAGAUGAAAUUUCUCAAACUGCUCAGUGUGCUAAUUAAACAAACCACCUGUGACCUCAGCAAAUUUGAUCGGGUCAAGUAUGAGACGCUUGUCACAAUUCAUGUACACCAAAGUGAUAUUUUUAAUGACUUAGUGAAGAAGCGUGUAAAAUGUAUCAACGAUUUCGAAUGGCUUAAGCAGAGCAGGUUUUACUUCAAGGAGAGUAUUGACAAAGUCAUUGUGUCAAUUACCAAUGUUGACUUCCUUUAUCAGAAUGAGUUUCUGGGCUGUACCGAUCGUCUGGUCAUCACCCCUUUGACUGACAGGUGUUAUAUCACAUUGGCCCAGGCUCUAGGCAUGAGCAUGGGAGGAGCUCCUGCUGGUCCAGCCGGCACCGGUAAAACUGAAACUACUAAAGAUAUGGGUCGCUGCCUGGGCAAGUACGUUGUGGUUUUUAACUGCUCAGACCAGAUGGACUUCAGAGGACUUGGCAGAAUAUAUAAAGGCCUUGCACAGUCAGGUUCCUGGGGCUGCUUUGAUGAGUUCAACAGAAUAGAUUUGCCAGUCCUUUCUGUUGCUGCUCAACAGAUCUCUAUUGUAUUGUCGGCACGUAAGAAACAUAAAAGCACUUUCAUUUUUACUGAUGGAGACCUUGUGGAUCUGAAUCCAGAGUUUGGGCUGUUUAUCACUAUGAACCCGGGAUAUGCUGGUCGUCAGGAGCUUCCUGAAAACUUAAAAGUGCAGUUCAGGACAGUGUCAAUGAUGGUACCAGACAGGCAGAUCAUCAUGAGAGUAAAACUAGCCAGCUGUGGAUUCAAUGACAAUGUUAUUUUAGCCCAGAAAUUCUUUGUUCUUUACAAGCUGUGUGAGGAGCAGCUUACAAAACAGGUCCACUAUGACUUUGGACUAAGGAAUAUCUUGUCUGUGUUAAGAACACUUGGGGCUUGCAAAAGAGUUCGACCUGAUGACACAGAGUCCAGCAUUGUUAUGAGGGUACUGCGUGACAUGAAUCUCUCCAAACUGGUGGAUGAGGAUGAACCCCUCUUCCUUAGUCUUAUCAAUGACCUGUUCCCUGGUAUCCAGCUGGAUGGAAGUACAUAUGUGGAACUCCAAGCCGCUGUUGCCAAUCAAGUUGAGCUAGCAGGUCUUGUCAACCACCCACCUUGGAAUCUGAAGCUUGUACAGUUGUAUGAGACAGCACAGGUGCGCCAUGGACUAAUGGCUUUGGGCCCAAGUGGAGCUGGGAAGACCGCAUCUAUCAACAUUCUCAUGAAGUCAAUGACUGAAUGUGGAACCCCACACAGAGAAAUGCGCAUGAACCCCAAGGCAAUAACUGCUCCCCAGAUGUUUGGCCGCUUGGAUGCAGCCACCAAUGAUUGGACAGAUGGAAUCUUUUCAACACUAUGGAGGAGAUCGCUCAAAGCCAAGAAGGGGGAAGCCAUAUGGAUUGUCUUAGAUGGCCCUGUUGAUGCCAUAUGGAUUGAGAACCUGAACUCAGUGCUGGACGAUAACAAAACACUGACCCUCGCUAAUGGAGAUCGCAUCACUAUGUCACCAACAUGCAAGUUGGUUUUUGAGGUGCACAACAUGGAUAAUGCCUCUCCUGCUACCGUCUCACGGGUGGGAAUGGUUUUUAUGAGCUCCUCUGCUCUCAGCUGGCAACCCAUACUCCAGGGUUGGGCUAAGAAGCGCAACGCGAAGGAAGCAGAAUCCCUUUUGAGUCUAUAUAACAAGAUGUUUGCUGAUGUUUACUUAUAUAUGAAGCAAAACCUUAAACCUAAAAUGGAGCUCUUAGAGUGCAACUAUAUCACACAGUCAGUUAAUCUACUGGAGGGUUUCCUGCCAACCAAGGAGAUAGUGGGUUUUGCUGGAAGCAAGCACCUUGAGCGCCUCUUUGUCUUCUGCUUGAUGUGGAGCAUUGGAGCCAUUUUGGAAUUAGAUGAUAGGGACAAACUAGAAGAGUACAUCAGAGGUCGUGAAAUCAGUAUUGAUUUGCCUCAGAUAAGGCCAGGAGAGACUAUGUUUGAGUACAUGGUUGACACAAAUGGUGAAUGGUGCCACUGGAACAAUCACGUUGGGGAGUAUUUCUAUCCAACUGAUGACGUUCCCGAUUACACUUCCAUUCUCGUGCCAAAUGUGGAUAACACAAGAACCUGUUUCUUGCUAGAAACUAUUGCAAAACAACGCAAGGCCGUACUGCUCAUUGGUGAACAAGGCACAGCAAAGACAGUGAUGAUCAAGGCCUACGCAAAAAAAUGUGAUCCUGAGACAGACCUCUUCAAGUCCUUAAAUUUCUCAUCUGCAACAGAACCCAUAAUGUUUCAGCGAACAGUGGAAAGCUACAUUGAAAAACGAAUUGGCAGCACCUAUGGACCCCCGGGAGGACGCCGGCUGACGGUUUUUAUUGAUGACAUAAAUAUGCCUAUUGUCAACAAAUGGGGAGAUCAGAUCACCAACGAGAUAGUCCGCCAAAUGAUGGAAAUGGGCGGCAUGUACAACCUUGACAAACCUGGAGAUUUCACCACUGUUGAGGAUGUGCAGAUUCUGGCUGCCAUGAUUCACCCCGGUGGUGGGAGAAACGACAUCCCACAAAGACUGAAGAGGCAGUUUACAAUCUUUAACUGCACUCUGCCAUCCAACACUUCCAUUGACAAGAUCUUUGGCACAAUUGCCUGUGGAUAUUUUCACAAAUGCAGGAAUUUUAAACAAAUUAUAUCAGAAAUGAUUAAAUGUCUAGUGCCUGCUGGAAGGAUUCUAUGGCAGUGGACAAAGGCAAAAAUGCUCCCCACACCAUCAAAGUUUCACUACAUCUUCAAUCUGAGAGAUUUGUCCAGAAUUUGGCAAGGAAUGUUGAACAUAAAAGCAGAGGAGUGUCAUAACAUUCCCACUCUACUGGCUCUUUUUAAGAGUGAAUGUACAAGGGUUAUAGCAGACAGGUUUAUUUGCUCGAAUGAUAAAGAGUGGUUUGAGGAGAAAAUAGGUCAUGUGAUCCAAGAUAUUGAUUCAAAUCUUGUCAAAGGACUUCAUCCAGAGCCAUUUUUUGUGGAUUUCCUCCGAGAUGUACCCGAGCCAACAGGAGAAGAAGACGAUGAAGCCUGUUUGGAUGCCCCUAAAGUUUAUGAAAUGGUGCCAGAUUUUAAGUUCCUGGCAGAGAAGGUGAAGAUGUAUCAGAGUCAGCACAAUGAAGUUGUUAAAGGCUCCAGUCUGGAUCUGGUUUUCUUCAAAGAUGCGAUGACUCACCUAGUCAAGGUUUCACGAAUUAUUCGCACCGACAAUGGAAAUGCCCUGCUUGUGGGUGUGGGAGGAUCUGGGAAACAAAGUCUUGCUCGCCUGGCCUCAUAUAUAGCUGGAUACAGCGUCUUCCAGAUCACACUAACCAGAUCAUACAACAUGAAUAAUUUCAUGGAUGACCUCAAACUAUUGUUCAAAACAGCUGGGGCUGACGGCCAGGGCAUCACCUUCAUUUUUACUGACAAUGAAAUCAAAGAUGAAUCCUUCCUUGAACACCUGAACAACGUGCUUUCUUCAGGAGAGGUCUCCAAUCUUUUUGCAAAAGAUGAGAUUCAAGAGAUCACCCAAAACCUUGUUCCGGUUAUGAAGAAAGAGUUUCCUCGCCUUCCACCAACUUUUGACAACCUUUAUGAGUACUUUAUAGCACGAGCAAAAAAGAAUCUGCAUGUUGUUCUUUGCUUCUCACCAGUGGGACAGAAGUUUCGGUGCAGAUGUCAGAAGUUUCCAGGCUUGAUUUCUGGCUGUACAAUGGACUGGUACAGCCCUUGGCCCUGUGAGGCCCUGGUUGCUGUAUCCAGCCAUUUCUUAUCAGAGUUCCCAGUGGUUUGCUCUGCUACUGUCAAGGCUUCACUGAUGACCACAAUGGGAGUUUACCAUGACAGAGUUUCUAAUGCUUGUGAAAGUUACUUUGAAAGCAUCCGCAGAAGAACUCACGUGACCCCUAAGUCUUACCUCUCUUUUAUACAUGGUUACAAAACAUUAUAUAGUGAAAAGCACAACGACAUCAACACAUUGGCAGAGCGCAUGAAUGUUGGUUUGGGCAAACUAAGAGAGGCCAGUGAGUCCGUGGCUCAACUGUCAAAAUAUCUCGAAGUAAAGGAAAAAGAGCUGGCUGUAGCAUCUGUCAAAGCAGAUGAGGUUUUGGCAGAGGUAACAGUUAGUGCUGACGCGGCUACUAAAGUGAAGAAUGAGGUCCAGGUUGUGAGGGACAAAGCCCAGACACUUGUGGACGGAAUUGAGAAGGAGAAAGCCAUAGCUGAGACAAAACUGGAGGCAGCCAGGCCAGCUUUGGAAGAAGCUACAGCUGCACUGAAUACCAUCAAACCAGCUGACAUUGCUACUGUGAGAAAACUUGCCAAGCCUCCUCAUUUGAUCAUGAGGAUUAUGGACUGUGUUCUGAUUUUAUUCAACAAAAAGUUAGAGACUGUCUCUGUUGAUCCUGAACGGCGCUGCAUAAAGCCCUCCUGGACAGAAGCAUUGAAGCUCCUGAGCAGUCCUGGGUUCUUAACAUCCCUUCAGAAUUUUCCCAAGGACCAAAUUAAUAAUGAAACAGUCGAGCUGCUCCAGCCAUACUUUGAAAUGGAGGAUUAUACAAUGGAAAAUGCCAUGAAAGCGUGCGGUAAUGUCGCUGGUCUCCUAGCAUGGACAUGUGCUAUGGCCUCAUUCUUUUCCAUUAACAAGGAAGUUUUACCACUCAAGGCCAACCUGGCCAUUCAAGAAAGCCGUCUGAACUUGGCUAAUAAUGAGCUAGGACAGGCUGAGGCCCAGCUGGCUGAAAAGCAAGCAGAGUUUGACCAGGUCAAGGCUAAAUGUGAUGCUGCCAUGAAAGAGAAACAGGACUUGUUGGAUGAUGCAGAAAUGUGUAGAAAUAAAAUGCAGGCUGCAUCUACAUUAAUAGAUGGACUUAGUGGAGAGAAGAUUCGCUGGACAGAGCAGAGCAAAGAGUUUAAAUCUCAAAUAAACAGGCUUGUGGGUGAUGUGCUCCAGCUUACUGGCUUCCUUUCAUACUGUGGGCCAUUCAAUCAAACUUAUCGAGACAAGUUGCUGAAGGAAUGGCAGGGAGAGCUUCUGACCCACAAAAUCCCUUUCACAGACAACCUCAGCAUUAUCUCUGCCCUGGUGGACCCUCCCACUAUAAGUGAGUGGAACCUUCAGGGACUCCCAGGAGAUGACUUGUCCGUUCAGAAUGGCAUCGUUGUCACCAAAGCAACAAGAUAUCCCCUCCUCAUCGAUCCACAGACACAAGGAAGGGCAUGGAUUAAAAAAAAAGAAGCAGCUAACCAACUACAAGUCACAUCACUCAACCACAAGUUCUUCCGUACUCAUUUGGAAGAUUGUCUUUCUUUGGGGCGACCACUGCUUAUUGCAGAUAUAUUUGAAGAGCUUGACCCCGCCUUGGAUAAUGUGCUUGAGAAAAACUUCAUUAAAUCUGGGACCAGUUAUAAGGUUAAAGUUGGAGACAGAGAGAUAAAUGUAAUGAAUGGCUUCCAGCUUUAUAUAACUACCAAAUUGCCUAAUCCAGCAUACACCCCGGAGGUCAGUGCCAGGACGUCCAUCAUCGAUUUCACAGUUAACAUAAAGGCUCUGGAGAACCAGCUGCUUGGUCGUGUCAUCCUCAAGGAGAAACAAGAACUAGAAGCAGAAAGGUUGAAGUUAAUGGAGGAUGUAACUGCCAAUAAGAGAAAGAUGCAGGACCUAGAAGACAACCUGCUCUACAAACUCAGCUCCACUAAAGGUUCCCUAGUUGAUGACGAGUCCAUGAUUGGCAUUCUGCACACAACUAAGCAAACUGCUGCUAAAGUUCGUGAAAAGCUCAGUGUGGCAGCAGAAGCUGAGGCAAAAAUAAAUUUAGCUCAAUCAGAUUAUCGCCCCGUUGCCUCUCGAGGCAGCAUUCUUUACUUCCUCAUCACAGAAAUGAGCAUGGUCAAUGUCAUGUACCAGACCUCUCUGGGUCAGUUCCUGAAAGUGUUUGAUCUUUCCCUCGAAAGAUCUGAAAAGUCCUCUAAAACCAAGAAUCGAAUUGCAAAUAUCAUUGAAUAUUUGACAUUCGAGGUGUUCAGAUACACAGUCAGAGGCCUGUAUGAAAACCACAAGUUUGUGUUCACGCUCCUGCUGGCCCUUAAGAUUGACUUACAGAAUAACAAAAUUGAAAACAACAAAUUUCAGAUACUGACUAAAGGUGGUGCAGCUCUGGACUUGAAUACCAGUCCUGAAAAGUCAUGUGACUGGUUGGAUGAUGUGGUGUGGCUAAACGUGGUGGAACUCAGCAACCUGCCACAGUUUGCCAAUAUCCUAAACCAGGUGUCCCAAAAUAAGAAAAACUGGAAGGCAUGGCUUAAUCUUGAUGCCCCAGAGGAAGGUGUCAUUCCUGAUGGAUACAACUCUAUUGAUGUCUUUCAUAAACUACUGCUGAUAAGGUGUUGGUGCCCUGAGCGUACCUUGUCUCAAGCCAUGAAGUAUGUAGAAGACUCCAUGGGCUCCAGAUUUGCAGAACCUGUGAUCUUGAAUCUUUAUGGCACAUGGAAUGAAAGCGACUCUCGCACCCCCCUAAUUUGCUUCCUUUCCAUGGGUUCUGAUCCCACUGAUCAAAUCGAAGCUCUUGCCAAGAAGCUCCAACUUGAGUGCAGAGCAAUAUCAAUGGGACAAGGACAAGAGGUUCAUGCAAGGAAACUUCUUAAGACAUCAAUGGCAGAGGGAGGCUGGGUCCUUCUGCAGAAUUGUCACCUGGGCUUAGAGUUUAUGGAUGAACUGCUUGAAACAAUUUCAACAGCUGAGAGCAUGCAUGAUACUUUCAGAGUGUGGAUCACCACAGAACCACACACUCGAUUCUCUAUUACACUUCUGCAGGCUUCUAUCAAGUUUACCAAUGAUCCGCCACAGGGAAUACGUGCUGGCUUGAAACGAACAUUUGCAGGAAUUUCACAGAACCAGCUGGACGCGAGCAACAUGCCCAUGUGGAAGCCCUUACUGUACAGUGUGGCCUUUCUGCACACUGUUGUACAGGAACGACGCAAAUUUGGACCUUUGGGUUGGAACAUACCUUAUGAGUUCAACUCAGCAGAUUUUUCUGCAAGUGUUGAGUUUGUCGAAAAACACUUGGAUGAUUGUGGUCCCAAGCAGGAUGUUUCAUGGGUAACCGUGCGAUACAUGCUUGCUGAAGUGCAGUAUGGAGGAAGGGUCACAGAUGACUAUGAUAAACGGCUGUUAAAGUGUUUUGCUCGUGUGUGGUUCAGUAAGAAGAUGUUAGACCCAUCGUUUGGCUUCUAUACGGGCUACAAAAUUCCUGUUUGCGAGACAGUUGAUGACUACAUGAAUUACAUCCAGAGCUUGCCCACAGUUGAUUCACCCCAAGCAUUGGGCCUGCACUCUAAUGCUGAUAUCACAUACCAGAAAAACACAUCUGCUGAAGUGUUGGACACGAUCACAAAUAUUCAGCCAAAGGAAAGCGGAGAAGGAUCAGGGGAGACCCGGGAGUCCAGUGUUUACAAGAGUGCAGAACACAUGUUGGAAAAACUGCCCCCAGAUUAUGUGCCCCAUGAGGUCAAAGCUAGGCUGCAGGAAAUGGGAGCUCUAAACCCGAUGAACAUCUUCCUACGCCAGGAAGUGGAUCGAAUGCAGAGAAUAAUCUCUGUUGUGCGCACUAGUCUUACUGACCUGAAGUUGGCUAUAGAUGGCACCAUAAUCAUGAACGAUGACCUCGGUGAUAUCUUGGACAAUAUUUUCUUUUCCCGUGUUCCAAGUCUGUGGAAGAACAUAUCCUGGGACUCUUCCACUUCCGGCUUGUGGAUGGCUAAUCUUGUUGACAGAAAUGAGCAGUUCACAAAAUGGGUGUAUAAAGGAAGACCAAACACCUUCUGGAUUGCAGGUUUUUUUAAUCCACAGGGUUUUCUUACGGCUAUGAGGCAAGAAGUGACCAGGGCUAACAAAGGAUGGGCCCUGGACACGGUCACAAUUAACAACAAAGUUUUGACAGAAUCAAACGAAAAAAUUAAAGCCCCACCAACAGAGGGAGUUUAUGUCUACGGCUUGCACCUGGACGGUGCUGGCUGGAACAUAAAGAACAUCCAUCUUAUAGAGGCCAGACCCAAAGUGUUGUUCACCUGCAUGCCUGUUAUCCACAUGUUUGCAGUCAGAUCCACUGCCCCCAUUGAUCCUAAGCUUUACGUUUGCCCAAUCUACAGGAAAUCCAAACGCACAGACCAAAACUAUAUCACAGCAGUGGUAUUACCAACCGCCUUGUCACCAGAUCACUGGAUCAUGCGUGGGGUUGCUCUGCUCUGCGAUACUACAUAAGAAGCAGCUACAGUCUUUAUCAACUCAACGUAUUCGGUAUAUUUCUCUGUCUGAAAUUAGAGUGCCGCAUACCUUUUUUGUUGUCAAGUUCUAAUUAGUGAAUAAAUAUUUUUCUUAAAGCA